UGGAGGCGGAAGUGACUUUAGCAAGCGUCAACGAGCGUUUUUCGCACACUGUACAAACGAAGCUACAUGAGUUUGGGUUUACAGGCCAUUCAAGUGUUUUGCCACAAUGCUGAAGCUACGGCUUUUGACAUGGGAUGUGAAAGAUACUCUGCUUCGACUCCGGAUUCCUGUGGGUGAGAGUUACGCUGCUGAGGCCCAGGCCCACGGCCUCCAGAUGCAAGCUGAAGCACUCAACCGAGCCUUCUACCAGGCCUACAAGACUCAGGACCAGCGAUUCCCCAACUAUGGCCUAGAGAGAGGCCUUAGCUCCAAACAGUGGUGGCUGGACGUAGUCAUGAACACCUUCCGGCUCUCAGGAGUCCAUGAGGACAAGGUCCUCCUCUCCAUUGCAGAGAAACUGUACUGGGAUUACUGCAGCAAACGCAAUUGGGAGCUGCUACCGGGUGCCAGUGAGACCCUCCAACAGUGCCAGCAGUUGGGUAUCCGCAUGGCUGUCAUCUCCAACUUCGAUCAGAGGCUGCCAGAGAUUCUGGCUCAGUGUGACCUCCAGCAACACUUUGAAUUUGUCUUGAGCUCUGAGAAUGUGGGUUUUGCUAAGCCAGACAAGAGGAUUUUUUUGGAAGCCCUGCGUAUCUCUAGGGUACCCCCUCCCUUGGCUGCCCAUGUUGGGGACAACUACGUAAAGGAUUACAGGGCACCGAGGGAGGCAGGGAUGCACAGUUUCUUGAUCAAGCCAGACAAGAAACCUGCCAGCUGGGAGACAGAAGUGCCUCAAGAGCACAUCUUGCCCUCACUUACAUGCCUGCCCUCUCUUAUAGAGAGAGGCUAAGUGAGGGAAUUCAAUAUUUUGCAGAAUUAACGUUGCAGCCCUUCCUGGACUGGACCACUAACAUUGCCAUCUUAAGCAGAAUUGCACCCAAGUCCAUUGACUUAGAAAAGAAUAGCUCUGCUGAGGAUGUUACUAUUAGAAUACCAUGGAGUUGUGUCCCCCCCCUACCUGUUCCCUACACUUACAAAAAGAAAAUGUAGAAAGUUAUCACAUCAGCAAAAGAGACUAUCAUUCAGCCCUCAACUUGAUACGCUUGCUUCCCAUCAGGGCUUUUUUUCAGCUGGAACGCGGUGGAACGGAG